AUGAAAGGGAAUUUCCUCCUCUGCAAAAAUUAUGCAAAAUGGUACAAACGAGGCAGUCAUCAGAUGGGCACAAAAUGGUAUGCACACAAUGUAGCAGAGCUGGUGAAUACCAAAAAAAAGGCCGUAGAGAAGAACAAACACUUUUCCACAGGUCAUACAAAAGAUGGAAUUAAUAAAUACGUAAGUGAAGCCCCAACACGAGUCAGCGUCCUAAAUGCAGAUUUGUCCCAAAAGGUUAGUCAUCACAAUUAUGAUGAUGAUGGUGAUAUCGCUUUGACGCGCAAUGCGGAAGGGCCUGUUUACGAAAACGAGAGGAAUCCACAUGACCAAAUAAAAUUAUGGUGUGCAAAAAGUCUCAAACUGUUAAGCAUGUGCGUAAUAACCUCCUUAUUCUUCUAUUGCACAUUUAAGAAAGUGCCAGAGGGGUAUAUCUGUUUAGUGCAAAACAAAAAUGACGACACAGUAUUGCCAUACAUUUAUGACGAUCUGAUGACGUUUUUUUUUAAUCCGUUGAAAUAUAAAGUUCGUAUAAUCAGAGUCAUUCCAAUUCAGAAGAAGUUUACACGUGUGUACGAAACGUUGGAUAAAAAAAAAGUCCGCGUAAAAUUACAAGUCAAAAUGAAACCAAAAAUUCCGUUUAUUAUCGAAAUUUUUAGUUCCUUUGGGGAUAAUUAUAGCACGAAUUAUAUUGAAAAGGAAAUGAACUUGGACAUUAUGAAUGUUGUGAAGAAUUAUGACUUGGAUACUUUAGUAGAGGAAAAUAAAGAGACGAAUGGUAUGCCACACGCUACAGUGGAUGACGCAGUUGAUCAAAUUAUGGACAGGUUUUACGACUGCUCCGUUUUUCACAAAAUAAUUCUUCUGGACGUCUCCAUCCUGUUUGAACGGGUAGAAUAA